AGGCGAUCUACGCCAGCUGGAAAGUGCAAGAGACAAGUCGACAGGCUUACUCCACACUGUCGUCAGAGGCUAACCUUGUUUCGCAAAGACGCCCCGACUCGAGCGAGCGUGUGACUGCGCGUGCGGCGCGCUCCAAUCGACUGGCCUGCCACCGGUCGGACGACUGUGAAAGACAAUAGCCAGUCACGCUACCUGUGGACGAGGACUCGUCCCUUUGAGUGUCUGUAGACUCGCUCGACCACGUGACAAGGCGUAUCCACGAGACGAGCACCCGAUAGCAACGGGCUCGCGACAGUGUCUUGCUCGCCAGGGUUGCCUCAUCGGACACUCCCUUGACAGACCCAAGUUCGGCAGCCGAACAGCGCGAAACACGUCGAGUGAACAGCCCAGAGAAGCUAGAGCUGCAACGGAUAGAGAUGACGACUGCUCUCCCGCCCGCUCUCGCAAGCAACGGCGGCAUCAAACCGAGCAGCUCAUCCCGACGGGGCGCCUCACUGGCCACGGGCGCGCUCCUCUCUGCCUCCGGCGCGAACGGUCACGAUUCUCAGAGCAACGGCAACAUGGCCGGCGAUAGAUCGACCAACCGCUACUCUGCUGCCGUGCUCUACUCCCUCGCGGCAGAGCAAGACACCGAGAUCGAGGAUGACCUCGCGCGUUACCAGAAGAGAUUGAGAGAUCUCAAGUCGCGCAUCUCCGCCCAAUCCAAGAAGAACUUCUUGCUCGAGCGAGAUGUACGCUACCUCGACUCGAGAAUCGCGUUACUCAUCCAAAAUCGUAUGGCGCUUGACGAAAGAGAGGAAGUCCGUGAGCAUCUCGAGGAAGUGGACGAACAGGCCGGCGACCAUCUCGAUGAUAGACGUAUGCAGCAAUACGCGAACCUCUUCUUUCUACUUCAGAGCGAGCCGAGGCACAUAGCCUCGCUCUGUCGUCUCGUCAGUCUGACAGAGAUCGACACACUCCUGCAAACGGUCAUGUUCACUCUGUACGGUAACCAGUACGAAUCUCGCGAGGAGCAUCUCCUCUUGACCAUGUUCCAGGGCGUACUUUCUGCUCAAUUCGAGACUGCCACAGAAUUCGGAUCUCUACUACGAGCCAAUACACCCGUGUCUCGCAUGAUGACUACUUACACCCGUCGCGGUCCCGGUCAGAGCUAUCUCAAAUCCGUGCUCGCCGAGCGUAUCAACAGCCUGAUCGAACAUCAAGACCUGAAUCUGGAAAUCAAUCCUUUGAAAGUCUACGAGCAAAUGUAUGAUCAGAUCGUAGAAGAGACGGGCACAGCCCCGGCCGACAUGCCCAGGAGCAUCUCGCCAGAACAAGCUGCUAGCCAUACAGACGUGCAAAACAUAAUUGCGCCUAGGCUGACCAUGCUCAUGGAGAUCGCAAGCUCCUUCCUGCUCACCAUUAUCGACUCGAUCGAUUCCGUGCCGUAUGGCAUCCGAUGGAUCUGCAAGCAGAUCCGUUCCCUUACCAGAAGGAAGUAUCCCGAGGCAACAGACUAUGCCAUCUGUAGUCUCAUUGGCGGCUUCUUCUUCCUCCGCUUCAUCAACCCCGCCAUCGUCACGCCACAGGCUUAUAUGCUCAUCGAAUCUCUACCUGCUUCGGCCAAGCAUCCUCGACGGACGCUCACCCUGAUCGCAAAAAUGCUGCAAAACCUGGCCAACAAGCCCUCGUAUGCCAAAGAGACCUAUAUGAUGAGCCUCAAUCCUUUCGUUGAAUCGAACAAGCAAAGAAUCAAUCAGUUCCUCAAUCAGCUGUGCGAAGUCGGCGACUUUUAUGACUCGCUCGAAAUGGAUCAAUACAUGGCGCUUUCGAAGAAGGACCUGCAAAUCUCCAUCACGCUCAAUGAGCUCUAUAAUACUCAAUCACUCCUCUCGCAGCACCUCGACGUCCUGGCGCGCAACGACAAGCAACACCUCCGCAUUCUGCUCGAUGAGCUCGGUCCGGUACCAGCCCAAGUGCCGCGCAAAGAGAACAGGACGAUCGAACUACCACUCUACUCUCGAUGGGAAAUGCCGAUCCAGGACAUCACUACCGCCUUGAUGGCAGAGAACAACCUCACACAGAAUGACAUUAUCUAUAUGGAAACAAAGUCGAUCUUUGUCCAGCUGAUCCGCUCGAUCCCUCAGCUGUCCGACAAGCGCCCUCUCAAUCUGCCGGCAGUCGCAGAGCGCGCAGCGACGGCGAAGGAUGCCACGCUCGUUCGGAAGGGUAUCAAGGUGCAAGAGAUGCUCAGAGAACUCGAGGAGCUCAAGCUGGUCGAUCGCAAGGAUGGCUACAAGUUCAUCACCGAAGAAGUCACGGGCGAGCUCACCCAUCUCGGCAACCUGAAAGAGAAGGUCAUUCUCGAAUCGCGGUCGCUCGAUGCGGUCUUCAAGACCAUCUGUGAUCACAACAACUACCUCAGAUCGCAGCUAGAACAGUACAAAGCCUACCUUCAGAAUGUCAGGCAAACCUCGGGUGCGCAGAAGGGCAAAACGGGCGGUGUAGGUGUCGUGAGUGUAGACGGGAAGGACAAGAAGGUCGUGAAGACGCAGGCACUCGGUCCUUACAAGUACACCCAUGCCCAGUUCGAGAAGGAUGGCAUCAUCGUCGAUAGCAAUGUGCCAGACAACAGGCGUGCAAACAUCUACUUCCAGCUCACCUCGCCCACGCCGGGUACCUUCCUUAUCGCGCUGCACUACAAAGGAAGAGAGCGCGCUAUACUCGAGAUGGACCUCAAGCUUGAUGAUCUGCUAGAAAAGCAGAACGACAAAGUGGCAGUGCUCGAUCUCGAAUAUGUCUCGCUCAGCGUGACCAAAGUGCUCGCGCUCCUCACGAAGAUCUUCCAACGAAAAGGCCGAUGAAGUCGUUACAAAGGCUGUGCAAGUUCAUGAGCUCUCUUAUCACGUUGUAUGAUAUGUAAUCAUCCUUUCAACCUGGCGUG